GGUCUAAGUUUGGGCUAAACUGCUGUUAGCUUUAUCAAAGUGUGAACACUAACAUUAGCGUCUACUUUUCAAGAUUAUUUCUUAAGUUUAUGUUGUUGUUACAUUUCGGUAUUUUUGUAAAGGGCGUUGUAUUAACCAAACUGAUCUCAUUUCGACAGGUAAACUCGCUCUUUGCCAGACACACACCUAAAGUGCUAACGUUAGCUGCUAGCUUAGCUAACCCAGUCAGUUCUCAUAAACUCAGUGCUGCAGGACGAACUAACCGCUACCAGUUCGUCUUUUGGAGUUUUGUAAAAAGCAAGCAGCAAUCAGCAGGAUGUCUGAGAUGGAUGAGGAUGCAGUGUUAUCUGAUGUAGAGGGAGAGGAAGAGACAAACGAAGAAGGAGCCGGAGAGGACGAGAAGGUGCAGGUUUGCAGCUUGACCCCAGAAACCACAAGUGAGGGGCUGUCAUUGCUGUGCCGAACAGGAAACGGACUUGGACAUGCAUUUGUCAGAGUGGAGCUACAAGACAAAGGACUAAAUGACAUCACUGCAAUCAGCAGAUUUAUUCACCUACGUUUUGUGGACGUAUCCAACAACCACCUAACUGAUCUCUCUCCUCUGGCAUCUCUGACCCACCUGCUCUGGCUGAAGGUUGACAAUAAUGCUGUGGCAUCCUUCAAAGGGCAACCGUUCGCCCAGCUGACCUACCUGCAGUGGCUGAGUAUGGCAGUGAACCGACUAACAGACCUGGAUGGCCUUGUCGGGUCUGCACUGGAGAGCCUCAAUCUUACAGGUAACGGCAUUCAGAGAGUGAACGGCCUUCAGAGUGGCUGUUUUGCUAACCUGGUUACUCUUGAACUGAGGGGAAACCAGUUGGAUACCACUGAUGGCAUCAACCUCCCCAACCUGCGGCAAUUGUAUCUGGCCCAAAACAUUAUCAAGCGUCUGGAGGGUUUAGAGAGAUUAACACGCCUCAACACUCUUCACCUUCGAGACAACCAGCUCGAGACUCUGGAUGGCCUCAGUCCCAACAUGAAGUGUCUCCAAUACCUUAAUGUCAGAGGCAAUGUAAUCUUUGAAGAGAAUGCCCUGCAAAGCCUUGCACUUGUGUCAAAAACUCUGCGAGCUUUGGUCAUUUCGGAGAAUCCUCUGGUGGAAACGACAGACUACCGCAUGAGUGUGCUGAUUCUACUGCCGCAACUGGAGCGACUUGACAAAGAUCCUGUCUCCUUCGAGGAAAGGACUGAGGCCCAGAGGAGAGUCAAGGAACUUAAAGAAGAGGAAAUAUCUGAGCCGUAAGAUUUGUAAUAAUGGCCAAA